AUGCUGGGAGAUUUCAUUACAAGAAUCAUAAUAUUGCUUGCUGGUUACGCGUACCCAGCAUAUGGAUGCUACAAAAGCGUGGAAAAGAAGAAGCCUGAGAUUCAAGAACUUAGAUACUGGUGCAAGUAUUGGAUCAUGGUGGGUCUCCUUACAGUUAUCGAAAGGAUAGGAGAUAUCACUGUAUCAUGGUUACCACUCUAUGGUGAGACCAAAAUCGCUCUUCUCAUCUAUUUAUGGUGCCCAAAAUCACAGGGAAUCAGCUAUGUGUACGAGAAGCUACUACGUCCGUACAUGUCAAGGCAUGAAUUGGACAUCGACCAGGGGAUUUCGGUUCUAAAGAUUAGAGGACGUUCUGCGAUUCUUCGAUUGUUACAAUGUGGCUAUCACUGGAGUCUACAGAUCUUCAAGCAUCUGCAACAACAAUUCGCUAUCGAUAAGGUGUGUGUUGGAAACAGAUGUAAAUCUAUCUCCCAUUUCAUGAAAAUCCGAAGCUUCACUUGUUGUUCUACAGAAAACUGA